AGUCAAUCGAACAAUUCCACGUCUUAGAUAGUAACAAACCGGUAAUCUUGUAGUUAUGCGGGUUCCAAUCACUUCCACUAAGUUACUGUCGGCGUUUAAACACUUUGUAGCUGUUAGGAAUAUGGCCAGUGGAGAAUUUCUCAUAAAUGAUUCAAAAUACUCCUUCCUUAAGGAUUUAGGACUGAAAGAAAGAAAUUUGGGAGUUUAUGAUGGAGCAUGGAAGGGAUCUGGUGCGGUAGUACAAUCAAUUUGUCCCAGCAAUGGAAAAGUUAUAGCAGAGGUUCAACAGGGAUCGAUAACAGAUUAUGAAUCAUGCGUGGAAGCAUCCAAAGCAGCUUGGAAUGUUUGGGCAGACUUACCAGCUCCAGCAAGAGGCGAAAUUGUCAGACAGAUUGGAAACGCCUUAAGAGAAAAUCUCGUUCCGUUGGGAAAGUUAGUAUCUAUUGAAAUGGGAAAAAUAUUACCAGAAGGUAUAGGAGAAGUCCAAGAAUAUGUAGAUAUUUGUGAUUACGCUGUAGGAUUAUCAAGGACAUUAGCUGGAUCCAUUUUUCCAUCGGAACGCCCAGGACAUGUACUUUUAGAAAAAUGGAAUCCCUUAGGGGUUAUAGGAGUAAUUUCAGCUUUUAACUUCCCUAUAGCAGUAUACGGUUGGAACAGUGCUAUUGCUAUGGUAUGUGGUGAUACUGUUUUAUGGAAAGGAGCUGAAACUACUCCACUUGUAUCUGUUGCAACUACAAAAAUAGUCGCCGAUGUUCUCAAAAAGAAUAAUCUACCUGGAGCUGUAGCAUCCUUGUGCUGUGGGGGUGCAGAUGUAGGCAAGGCCAUGGCUGCUGAUCACAGAAUCAAAUUGUUAUCCUUUACAGGAAGCACUCAUAUCGGUCAACAGGUGGGAGUGGAAGUUCAAAAACGUUUUGGAAAAUUUUUAUUAGAACUUGGCGGAAAUAAUGCAAUCAUAGUCGCUGAAGACGCCGAUUUAGAUAUGGUAGUACAAGCAAGUGUAUUUGCAUGCGUAGGAACCGCUGGACAACGAUGUACAACUACAAGAAGACUGAUUCUACAUAACAAGGUUUAUAAUGAAGUUUUGGAAAGAUUAAAGAAAGCCUACAGCCAGGUACUUCACAGGAUAGGAGAUGCUUUAGAAGAUAAUACUUUAGUAGGUCCACUUCACAGUAAACAAUCGUUACAAAAAUAUAUAGACACUAUAGAACAGAUUAAGAAGCAAGGAGGGAAAAUUGAAUUUGGUGGCAAUGUAUUAAAUAAACCAGGAUUCUAUGUCGAACCAACAAUAGUCACAGGACUUCAGCAUGACAGCCCUCUAUUGCACAGCGAAUGUUUUGCACCAAUAGUAUAUGUAUUAAAGGCAGAUAGUGUAGAACAAGCGAUAUCCUGGAAUAACGAGGUACCCCAAGGACUUUCUUCAAGUAUGUUUACUCAGAAUAUCGGAAAUAUAUUUGAGUGGAUUGGUCCAAAAGGCUCAGACUGUGGUAUUGUAAACGUAAACAUUCCUACAUCAGGAGCUGAAAUUGGUGGAGCUUUCGGUGGCGAAAAAGCCACUGGUGGCGGCAGAGAAUCAGGCAGCGACUCGUGGAAGCAAUAUAUGAGACGAUCCACCAUUACAAUCAAUCAUUCCAAACAAUUACCCUUGGCACAAGGAAUUAAAUUUGAAUAGAAAGAUUAUUUAUUUGAAAAUAAUUUUGUACAAAAAAAGUUCAUUUUUGAAAAUUUGUUAUCUUUAUUGUUAAAAAUAAAAUAAUUAUUUUAAUU